UAGAAGUACGUUUAAAACAAGUUUAGUUGAAUUUCAUCAGUCAACGGGUUCGGUAUGAAAGGUUUAGUUGCCGGUUUCUCUAUAGGAAUUUUAGUGAUAGUCUGUAUUGUUACUGCCGCACAAUACACGACGUCGUUGAAGUACCCGUCUGUGACUGUAGAUAUUCAGGGGCAAGGUUCAGUUUUGGGAGACUUCGAUACUACCUUAUGGACAAAUCAAAAAUAUAUGCAAUUUCGUGGUAUACCAUAUGCUGAGUCACCUCGUGGAAAAUUACGAUUUAAGGCACCAGUUGCUCGACUACCAUGGCGACAGAUAUUUGAUGCUACCAGAUAUGGACGUCGUUGUCCAGUUAUCACAACAGUUUCCAAUCUUACUGCACAAGAAUUAAAAGCAGACUUAGAAGAUUGUUUGAAUCUAUCUGUGUUUACCAAGGAUUUAAUUACUAAACGACCUGUUAUGUUCUACAUUUACGGAGGAGGCUUUUAUAAUGGAUCAGCAUCCGAUCAUCCACCUAAACAUCUACUAGAAAAGGAUAUUGUACUUGUGGUAUCACAAUAUCGUGUGGGUGCAUUGGGUUGGCUGACCACUUUUACACAUGAUAUGCCCGGCAAUGCACCGUUUAUGGAUAUACUCUUAGCACUGAAAUGGGUACAGGAUCAUAUAAGUGACUUUGGUGGUGAUCCGGACAAUGUAACAGUAUUUGGACAAAGUGCUGGAGCGGCAAUGACAAGUGCUUUACUUUUAAGUCCUAAAAGCACAGGUCUUUUUAAACGUGUGAUUGUACAGUCUGGCUCUAUAUUAGGACACUGGGCUAUAAAUAGUGAUCCGCGUAAACAAACUGAACGAAUUUGUGAAGCUUUGAAUUGUGGUGUGUGUAAAAGAAACGAUGAACUAUAUGAUUGUUUAAGUAAAGCAACAGUUCUGGAUAUAUUGGAAGUAACUCAAGCGGAGGAUUUCGCCCUUGUCAUAAAUGAUGUGUAUGGAAAUUUACCAGAACAUCCUAUUGAGUUAAUGAAAAGUUAUAAUAGAUCAAUACCUGUCAUGACUGGUUUCACAAAAGAUGAUGGGUCUUUCGUUUUAGCAACAUAUUAUGAUGGAAUGAAAGCGGCGAUAGGUAAUAUGAGUUUGGUAAAAGUGCGCCAAUUUGCUGAUGGAAUUAUGAAUUUAGUUAAUGAUAGGACACGUUUAAGUAAUAAUUUAUUAACACGCCUAUUAUUUACUCCACAAAUUUUGAAUGGAACUGCUCACAAGGAAGCACUACCAGCUUAUUUCGAUUUAUGUACAACAAUUUACAUUAAGUCACCAGUUAUUGCUCUCACAACCCAACUUAAGGAGAAGAAUUUAGCUGAUAUAUACUUAUAUAGCUUUGAUUAUGAAGGUCAAAACACUCGUUUUGGUUACGAAUUAGGAAACGAGCAUUAUCCUUUCAAUGGCGGCGUACAUCAUUCUAAUGAUAAUAUAUAUUUAUUUUCCACUCAUUCUUUGAAUGAUAAUGACACACGUAUGGCACAAAAAAUGGUUGAACUGUGGACUUCAUUUGCUAUUGAUGGCAUUCCUAGUAGUAGCGAAGGGCCUCCUAUAUUACCAAUGAAUUCUCCUAGUGGACCAUAUUUUCAUAUAAACAAUGAAAUCACAAUCAGUAAUGAUGUUUUGGAUGAGCUUACAUCAACACUUGAUGAUCCAGAUAACAAGAAGAUAGAUAGAGAAAAUAUAGAAUUUUAAAUAAACAAUUUCUUGAUAUAAAUAUCAGUAUAUGUAGUACAUAUAUUGUAAUGUAUUGAA